AUGGACUCCUCCAAAGAAGACAUGAAGCGAAGGGUAGCCCACAUUAAGGAAGAGAUCUGCGAGUCAUAUACUGUCCACUUUGCACCGGGGAGUCGCUGCAUUACCCUGAAAAACUGUGAAGAAGGAAAUUCUGUUAAGGAGGAGGAAUGUGAAGGGGGACUUGUUUGCGUUAAAAUAGAGGACUCUGAAUGUGACUCAUUUGGCCUUGGAAUUCAGAACCUUGAGACCGAAAGCGUUAAGGAUGAAGCAUAUUCAAAGAAUGACCUGCACUUACAGGAGUGCCCUGUAUUGCCAAAAGAGACUUAUUUGGAGUGUACUAGUGGGAAUGAUGGCCCUCCUCUGCAGCUCGGACUGAAUCCUAAAUAUUCUGAACCAGGAGACGAAGGCAAUGAGGAAUGCAUAAGCAUGAAAGAACAACAAGUGCAAUCAUCUGUAUGCCAGGCUGGAACAUAUGUGCAAGAGAGUGGCAGCUUCCAUGUGUCUUUAUCUGCUCAGAUCGCUAGUCAGUCUAGAUCACAUAAGAAGCAGGAUAAUGAAAAUCUGAAGGACCUGGCAUCGGGAUCAAAGAGUUCAAUACUGCCAUCCAUGCAGCUUGACUCUCUGGCUACUGUGAAACUACCAAUGAAAGAGGCCUUCAACACGGAUCAACAAGUGCAAAGUUCAAAACUAGUGCGUUUUUAUGUCUGCCAAGAGUGUGGCAAAAGUUUUAAGCACAUGUCUAGUUAUAGUAAUCAUCAUCGGAGUCAUAAAGGACAGAAGCCAUAUUGCUGUUCCGAAUGUGGAAAACAAUUAUCUGACUUUAGCAGUCUUAAGAACCAUAAAAGAAUUCAUACUGCCUUCAGAGUCACACAAGAAUUCACACUGGAGAAAAGCCAUACUGCUGUUCUGAGUGUGGCAAACAAUUCUCCAACAAGAGCAGUCUGCAGAUCCACACAAGAAUUCACACUGGUGAGAAACCAUAUAGCUGUUCUGAAUGUGGUAAACAAUUCUCAAAUGCAAGCAACUUCCGGAACCACAAAGGAGUUCACGCUGGAGAAAAGGUUAAUUCCAGCCAAAAAAAAAACAAUUGCAGAAGGAGCCAUUAAAUCUAGGGUUAAGCCCUAUUGCUGUGCUGAAUGUAGCAAACAAUUUUCCAGCAGUAGCAGCUUUCAGAGACACAUAAAAAUCCACACUGGAGAAAAGCCCCAUUGCUGUUCUGAAUGUGGCAAACGAUUUUUGUACAGCAGCUCCCUAAAGAGCCACAUAAGAACUCAUACAGGAGAGAAGCCAUAUUGCUGUUCUAAUUGUGGCAAGCAGUUUUCUAAAAGCAGCAAUCUUCGGAGCCACAAACAAAUUCACUCUGGAGAGAAGGCAUAUAGCUGUUCUGAAUGUGGCAAAUGUUUCUCACAUAUAAGCCACCUACAAGAGCACACACACAUUCAUACAAGAGAUAAGCCAUAUACCUCAAACAUGACAGACAAUUCUCACACAAUAGCACUCCUUAGUGAUGUUCAAGAACUUAUACUGGAGGAAAACCAUUUAAAUAUUCUGAAUGUGGUAAACGAUUCCGUGGAGCACCAGGAUAAUAGGGAAGCGUAUGCCACCCAGUCCUCGGAAAAGGCACCAGGUGAGAGGCAGAAACUUGUGGGUAAAACUGAAGAAGAGGAGCCAGCAGGAAAAGAAGGUGUACUAUGGAACAUGGCUGCAACAAACAACAACGUCAUGAAGAAAAGAGUGACCCACAUCAAGGAGGAGGUCUGUGAGUGGCCACCUGCCCACGGCAAACUAGAGGGACACUGCAUGAAACUGACAGAUAAUGAAGAGAAAAUGUCUGCAGUUAAAGAGGAAGCGUCAGAGGAGGCGCUAACUGACAUUAAAACUGAGGCCUGUAAGUGUGUCCCAGUCGACCUUGGAGUUCUAAACCCUGAAGCGUUUAAUGAUUUAAACCCUGAUGCGUCUUUGAAAAAGGACUUCAGUUUACCGGCAUGUCCAGCAUUACCGGGAGAGAUGCAUUUAGGGGAGCAACGCGUACCUCAGCAGUCUGUCAGAUUCAUCCCCAAGUUUGAGAACCUCAGCACUGAUGAAAAGAAGAUGGAGUCGAAAGAGCAAAGUUUGCAAGACAAUGGAUCAGAGAAUUUGAAACCACCCUCCUUUCAGUAUAGAAUUCAGGCUGUUGUCAAACUAACAAGAAUCAAUUGUAUCAACACCCAAGUGCAAAAUAAAAAUCAUUCUUCUUGGCAUGUCUGCCAAAAGUGUGGGAAAAGUUUUAAGUGCAAAGCAAAUCUGACAAGUUAUGCAAAAGAACAGACAUAUUGUUCUGAAUGUAUCCAACAAUUCUGCACUAGUACCAGCCUUCAAAUUCAUGAAAGAAUUCAAAAUGGGGAGAAGCCAUAUUGUUGUUCUCAAUGCAGUAAACGAUUCUCAAAACUACGCUAUCUUCAGAUCCAUGCCGGAAUUCAUGCCGGGGAUAAACCAUAUUGUUGUUCUGAAUGUGGUAAACAAUUCUCACACAAUACCAGUCUUAAGAAUCACAAAAAAACUCACACUGGAGAGAGACCAUACUGUUGUUCUGAAUGUGGCAAACAAUUCCAACGGGUGCGCAGUCUCGAGUGCCACACAAGAAUUCACACCGGAGAGAAGCCAUAUUGUUGUCCUGAGUGUGGCAAACGAUUCUCGCGCUGUAGUGACUUUGGGAAACACACAAGAGUUCACACUGGAGAGAAACCGUAUUGCUGUCUUGAAUGUGGCAAACGAUUCUCACAAUUACACUCUCUUCGUAGCCAUACCAGAAUUCACACUGGAGAUAAACCAUACUCUUGCUCUGAAUGUGGCAAACAGUUCUCUCAUCGUGACACUCUAAAGAACCACAAAAGAACUCACACUGGGGACAGGCCGUACUCUUGUUCUGAGUGUGUUAAACGAUUUCGUCACCGCGGUAGUCUUAAGAACCACGAGAGAACUCACACUGGAGAUAAACCCUACUGUUGCUCUGAUUGUGGCAAACAAUUCUCUCAGAGUACCAGUUUUGAGAUCCAUAGAAGAAUUCACACUGGAGAGAAGCCAUAUUUCUGUUCUGAAUGUGGCAAACAAUUUUAUUACAGCAGUGGACUUCAGAAACAUCGAAGAAUUCACACUGGAGAGAAACCUCAUUGCUGUACUGAAUGUGGUAAAAGAUUUUUACAGCUAUUCAGCCUUCAGAGGCAUACAAAACUUCACACUGGAAGAAAAAAGGAAUGAGUUGGGGGGAAUGAGAGGCAAAUACAAUAUCAAUACCCCUCUAACUACUCAAGUGAUGAUUGUACCCUCACAGGGUAGAUUUGCUGUAGAAGUAGCAAGUCUCAUUAAGGUGAACCUGCUUUCACAGUAAGAGAAGAAUCCAAAAAAAGAAAUGUAGACCUGCUGUACUGUUUCUCUCAAGAGUCAAAAAGGCACCCACAUCUUGCCUCAGCACAACGGUGGGUGAGGAGAGUGCAACGGAGGAGAGUUUUGGGUGCGGUGUGAGUCCAGAUGGACAAUGCUGCUGGCCCCAGCAGAGUGAAACAGACAUGUCCACAUAAAUGCAUCAUGAGCAAAAACAAAA